AUCUAUUUCGCCACGAGCAACGCGAGCGAAAUCGAAUGUUAUAAAUAAAUCAUUAUUGCCGUUAUUAGAGUCGAGAAAACGAAAAGCCGAAUCUCCUCAUAUUGUACGAAAAAAGAAAACUCCUAACAUAAAUUCAAAUAUUAACAGGAACGAGAAUUCACCGAGAAAUAUGGAGAGAAUAGACAGUGUGAACCUUGAGCAAGAGUGGGAGAGAUUACGGCAAGAGAGAGAGAAGCUGGAAGAAUGGCAAGCACGACUCUAUGCUCAGACAGCCCGUAAUCAUCAACAGCCGAAUAAUCCGCCAGAGAUAAUAAGUGAAGGCCAAACAAAUACCAGAAGUAUUGCCGAGGAUAUUACAGCGAUUAUAAGUAACGGCCUCGUACGAAUCCGAUACCUCUGUCACGCGUCGCUGAAUGUCUACGAAUCGCUAUCGUGUCCGGUUCAGCAUCAUCGCUCAUGGAACUUUCCGAGCUCUACCAUUCGAGGAGGUGUCCCCGUCGAUUGGUAUUUCAUCGCUAUCCUAAGGACUAAAGAAGGAGAGCAACGGGCCAUCUCUACCUCGAGGUUUACAGCUCUCGCUUUUUGGUCUGUCCCAUGAGUGGUCAAUCCAUCCUGCGGGACUCUUCGGUUACCAACGCGGAUCUCUUCCGUGAACUAUCCACCGUCAUUUCUGGCUUUCCUCGAUUUUAUGCAUCUUCCUCGUUUAUUAGAGGAGUCACAUAAAAGGGGGGGCGUUGUAACCUUCCUUUUGCGCUUUAAAAUUUUCGCGCUGUUCACGGAGCAUCGAUCCGGGGAUCGAGCCACCUGGUCUCGAAUCUUCGCCCUCCCCACUUAUCGUGGUUCUGCGAGAGAUCGUCCGAAAAGCGGUGAGCCUCGCUCUCUUGCUCCGGGACCGUCGAACGGGAAGCCUCGUGGCGAAGGAAGGAUUGUUGGAUCAAUUAAUUAUCUGGAUUCACUAUCAAUUGGGUGCGGCCGCCCCGAUUUCCAGAAAUAUCAUCCCGAAGGCAUUUUCCAUUGUUUUACUACUGCCCGCCAGCAUUUCCCCAGUUCCCGGAGUAUAGAGCCAACGAGGGAUCAAACGAGUACUAGAUAAGUUUACGAAUCUCAUUUCUUUUUUUUCUCCGAAUAUCAUCGUCGUCGCUCGUCGUGUUCACGGUGACCGUCUCAGGCCUUUUAUAUGAGUGAAUGUGUAUGUGUGUGUAUGAGUUGGAGCGCGUAAUGUGUGCGGGAGAAAUGUUGUGCUCGAAAAAUUAUAACUGUUGAACCAUUUAUAUUUGUUACCAAUCUCGGAGUUCGGCUCCACAAUUUUCAAUCCUAAUAAAUUCUUUGUACUCCGGAAA